AUGUUGUUUAAUUCCACCUCAAAUCAUAAAAAUGCAUUGGCCGACGAAUUGACUACUGACAGCACUCUCAAUACGAUCAUAAAUAUACAUGACAUCAUACAACAGUCCAUAAGUCAAUUGAAUUUUGAAACGGCAGAGUUUCUAUCUGAACUCUUGUUCUCUGAAUGUUCCAUUUUGGAAAAUUCAAAUAUUCACAGAAUCGAAUCGAUUUAUCUCUAUUCUCUUUCUUUAUAUUUGAACAAAAAAUAUCAUACUGCUUUGCAAAUUUCGAAAGAUUAUAAAGAUCUACAUUUAGGUAUUUCUUACAUAUUCGGUUUAUGUUCUUUGAAACUGUCGUCUAAUAUAAAUGACGCUAUAAAGUCUCUUUCAAACAUUAGAGAUAAAUCGAUUUCAAGCUCAAGUUUAAUACAUUUCCCAAACUAUGCUACAGUCAGUUGUCUACUGGGUAAACUGUGCAAUAAACUGGAUAGAUCAAAGGAAAGCGCUGUAUACUUCUCAGAUGCUCUAAAUAAAAAUCCUUAUCUAUGGGAAGCUUAUACUGAAUUAUCAAAAAUGAGAGCAACUAUAGAUUUGAAAAAAUUAUAUUCUAUAAUGACAAAAAAAAAUCAAUCACAUUCUUUCUUCUCAAGAAAUAAAUUUAAUUCAGUGACAAAAAAUUUUGCAACUCCCUUUAAAUCAUCUUCUCAUUUCCAAACAGGUUUAAGCUCUUCUUCUUCGUCGUCUUCAAACGCUUCUUCUUCUUCGACUAAUACAAUUUCAUCAAAUGGAAAUAACAAUAACAACAACAAUAAUAACAAUAAUAAUGCAUUUAAUUUGAAUGAAUCUCAAAGUCAAAGUCUACUACAAUCAGCACGUUCUAGCAACAAAAAAAGUAUCCCAUCAAAUUCUAUUUUAAAUAAGACAAAUGUAACAGUAUCAACAUCAGGGGCAGGUACACUAGUAGGUCAAUCAAAUAUAGCAGCAGGAACUGUGACAAACUCGUCAACAAGACAAUCCCCUCUCCCAUCUCAACAAAUUCCACAAUUAAUGAACCAAACCUCCAAAUCAUUACCUUCAACAGGCAAUAGCAGCAUAUCUUCAUCUUCACUUCAUCGGAAAGGUAAAUUAUUGACUACCCCUCCUGCAAGAAGACAGUUAAUGGAGAAAAAUUCUUCCUAUAAAACUCCAAGAACUCAUUUCAACGAUCACACAAAUAAUAAUAACUUUAAUAGUAUCAAUAACUUGGAAGAUUCUUCAUUACGUAGAAAAUCUUCUUCAAUAACAAAACCACAAAUUUUAUCACUUUCGGAACUGCUAUAUAUAUUUGCAAGAAUACUAAAGGCUUCAUCUUCAUUCGAUUCUUAUAAAGCAAUUAGAUUGAUCAACUCAUUAGUUCCAAAUCAUAUAAAAGAUAGCAUGCCAUGGUGUCAAGCACAACUGGGUAAGUUACAUUUUGAACUAGUUAAUUAUGACGUUUCUUUACAUUAUUUCACAAAUCUAAGAAAAUUACAACCUACCAGGGUUAGCGAUUUGGAAAUCUAUUCAACUUUAUUAUGGCAUCUACAUGAUAAAGUUAAAUUAAGCAUUUUAGCAAAUGAACUAGUCAUGAAUAUACCGAAUGCUCCGCAAACUUGGUGUUGCAUGGGUAAUUUCCUAUCACUACAGAAAGAUCACGAAGAUGCAAUCAAAGCAUUUGAAAAAGCAACGCAGGUAGAUCCAAAUUUUGCAUAUGCAUAUACUCUGCAAGGGCAUGAGCAUUCUUCAAACGAUAGUUUUGACACUGCCAAGAAUUGUUAUAGAAAGGCAUUAGCUUGUGAUCCUCAACAUUAUAAUGCAUACUACGGUUUAGGUAUGAGUUGUAUGAAAUUGGGGCAGUAUGACGAAGCUUUGCUUCACUUCGAAAAAGCUAGAUCUAUUAAUCCAAUCAAUGUAAUAUUAAUUUGUUGCUGUGGUGUUGCAUUAGAAAAAUUACAGUAUCAAGAAAAGGCAUUAAGUUAUUAUGAGUUGGCAUGCGAGUUACAACCAUCGUCAUCUUUGGCAAACUUUAAAAGGGCACAUCUUCUAUAUUCUAUGGGUAGAUAUAGUGUUGCAUUGCAAUACUUUGAAGAAUUAACAAAAUUGGCUCCGGAUGAAGCAACUGUUCACUUCUUACUUGGUCAAUUGUAUCAAAUAUUAGGCAGAAAAAAAGAUGCCGUAAAAGAAUUUACAAUUGCUAUGAACUUAGAUCCAAAAGGUAACCAAUUAAUCAUAGAAGCUUUAGAAAAGUGUCAUGCUCAAGAAUAG